AUGGACAGGAACGCCACUGCACUGCACGCCGCCCUUGUUGGUCGAUGGUCACGCCAAGCUCUGGCCGCCCCCGUGCUUGCAGCGCCCGCCGGGAGGCCCUGGCUGCGCACGUCGUCGUGGAACGCCAUGUGCAGGCCCGUGCUCGCGGCGCCCGCCGGGAUGGCCUGGUCGCGCCCGCGCUCAUGGUGGUGCCCUGUGGUGGAGCGCCCUCGCCGCACCUGUGCUGGAGGCGGUGUGCUAGGGCCUCGUCGCGCCGCACGCGCACAAGAAAAAUUGGGGCCCGUCACCGACGACUACCCCAGCACUACCAACGAUUUUGACUCCGGCGGCGCGGGGAACGACCAGAUCCAGAGCGUAGGGAGGCGGGGAAGGUCUAGGGCAAGGCAGGAGCCUGCCGCCCGAGCCGCCCGCAACACGGUGGUACGCGAAGGAAUCAAUCUGCCCCGGCCAGCAGCAGGAUGGGGGGAGUGUGAUCCAGUGCUUGCGCCGGCGAGGCAGAGGCCUCAGGCUCAACCACAACCGGCAAUGGCGACGGUGGCCUCUGCCUCGGCCCGAGUAGGACGGGUCGCGACCACAGGCUCAACCGUGGCCAGCAACGGCGACGGUGGCCUCUGCCUCGGCCGAGGGCAGGACGGGCGGCGGCCACAGGGUUGA